CUCUCUCUCUCUCUCUCUCAGCACUUUCUCUCUCUUGAUAUAUAUUUAUACACUUCAAUUAAGAGUAUUCUUGAUUAUAAGAUUGAUAUGGAGGUGGUGGAUGGUAGAGAAUUACAGUUACAACAACAACAACCACAGAACUUGAAGCAAGAACAGGCUGAACAGAAUUUUCAUGUGUUGGCUGUAGAUGAUAGUGUGAUUGAUAGGAAGCUUCUGGAGAGACUUCUAAGAGGUUCUUCAUGCAAAGUUACCUGUGUGGAUUCUGGAGAUAAGGCUUUGGAAUAUCUUGGACUCAAUAUUGAUGAAGUUGAUACAAAUGAUUCUUCUACUGAGACUAUAUUAGAGUCAUCUGCUGCUAUUCCUCUACCAUUGCAGCUUCAAGAGGGAAUAGGCAAAGUGAAUUUGAUCAUGACAGAUUAUUGCAUGCCUGGGAUGAGUGGCUAUGAUUUACUCAAAAGAGUCAAGGGAUCUUCUUGGAAAGAUGUUCCAGUUGUGAUCAUGUCUUCAGAAAAUGUACCUUCCAGAAUUACCAUGUGCUUGGAAGAAGGUGCAGAAGAGUUUCUGUUGAAGCCUCUUCAGAUAUCAGAUUUGCAGAAGCUUCAACCUUAUUUUCUUAAAUCUCUUGAUAAUUCUUCAGAUGAACAUGAAUCUAGUAGUAUUUCUACAGAUUCUUCUGACAAUGAAGAUGUCAUCAACAAUGAUAACAGUAAUGGGAUUAGCAAAAGGAAGGCCAUGUCUCCUGAGCCUCCAGAGAGAUCAAAGCCAAAAAUGAAAGGGUUAACGAUGGUGGUGUAAAGAGAAAACAGUACAAAUUAUGUGUUGUUCUGUUGCUGCAUAUUAUUUAGUUUAUGGUUAUGGUUAUAAUUUUGGUUUUCUAUUAAACUAAAAGAGCUUAAUGGAUUCGCUGUGUGAGCUACUAGUAGUACUAUUUGCUACAGAUUGCAACUACCAUUACUUAAAUCCAUGCACAAAUAUUGAAUGA